AUGCUGAUAAGCCACAAGCCACGUUCUACAGCACACGCUGCUGCCGCAAGAUCGUCACUCACCGCGUUGGUCAAAGACCUAAGGGCGCAGGAACGGGAGGUUCUCAGUCUAAGCAGCGCGCUCGAUAAAGAGCGGUUGGAGCAUGAGAAGCACAUUGAAGACCUAGAAACAACACACGCGAAAGAGAUCGCGGCCGUCAAUGAGCAUCACGAUCGCCAUCUUGCGCAGAUCGAAGUGCGUCACAGCGAAGAGCUCACGCGCGUCAAGUUGUGGUGUGUGAUGAACCAACCAAGGCCAAACGAAUUAUCACGGGUUCGCGAAAGGCAGCGGAGGUCAACAUUGGAAGCCGAAGUGGAGAAGACAAAAGAAGAGGCGAAGAUGAGAGCUCUUUGGCAAGAAACUAGAAUACAGGAACUGGAGCGUGAGAACGACCAAGUCAAGCAUCAACUGGCAAAUUUGCAAAGGGAUUCACAAUGGAAGAACUGGAUGAAGACAAUAAUGUCAUAA